CUCUGGGCAGGGUGCAGUAAGAUGGCGGCUCCCUCUCCCAAAUGGAGACGGGUAACCGGAGCCACCGGACCGGUCCCGCGGCCCCGACACGGUCACCGGGUGGUGGCGAUCAAAGAGUUGAUGAUCAUAUUCGGCGGCGGCAACGAGGGGAUCGUGGACGAGCUGCACGUCUACAACACCGCUACAAACCAGUGGUUUAUCCCUGCAGUUAGGGGGGACAUCCCACCAGGUUGUGCAGCUUAUGGCUUCAUCUGCGACGGCACCAGAAUCCUGGUAUUUGGAGGAAUGGUAGAAUAUGGAAAGUAUAGCAAUGACCUAUACGAAUUACAGGCGAGCAGAUGGGAGUGGAAGAAAUUAAAACCAAAACCACCUAAAACUGGUCCACAACCCUGUCCCCGCCUUGGCCACACCUUGUGUCUUGUUGGGAAUAAGUGUUAUUUAUUUGGUGGCCUGGCUAAUGACAGUGAAGACCCAAAGAAUAAUAUUCCAAGGUACUUGAAUGACUUGUACACUGUGGAGCUUAGAUCUGGAUCAGGAGUGGUGGGAUGGGACAUUCCAGUUACACAUGGCACUCCGCCACCUCCAAGAGAAUCUCACACUGCUGUUGUUUAUAAAGAUUCGAAGAAACCAAAGAUGAUCAUUUAUGGAGGAAUGAGUGGAUGUCGACUUGGAGACCUUUGGAUAUUGGAUGUGGAAAGCUUGGUAUGGACUAAACCAGCAACCAAGGGUUCAACACCACUCCCUCGGAGUUUGCAUUCUGCUACUGUUAUUGGAAAUAAAAUGUUUGUCUUUGGUGGCUGGGUACCACUUGUGAUGGAUGAUGUGAAAGUUGCCACUCAUGAAAAGGAAUGGAAGUGCACAAAUACACUUGCUUACUUACAUUUAGCAGAUGGCUACAUCUGGACACCUGUAGUCUCAGACACGUUGGAGGACAAUGUACCGAGGGCCAGGGCUGGCCACUGUGCUGUUGCGAUUCACACUCGUCUUUAUAUUUGGAGUGGAAGAGAUGGCUACCGGAAGGCUUGGAAUAAUCAAGUCUGCUGCAAAGAUCUUUGGUAUUUGGAAACUGAAAAGCCCCCUGCACCUUCCCGUGUGCAGUUGGUCAGAGCUAGCACAAAUUCACUCGAAGUAUGUUGGGGUGCAGUUCCUACAGCAGAUGCCUAUCUUCUUCAGCUGCAAAAGUAUGAUAUGCCACCAUCAGCUGCCACCACCACCACCACCACCACAACUACCAUGGCAACUCCAGCUUUGAGCAAUACUACACUACCACAGAAGACUUCAUGUAGCCCUGUUUCACCUACGCCUGCUAUUCCUGCUGCACCAUUGCAUUCACCACUCCCUGUUUCUAAAGUUGCUUCUCCCACGAGUGUACUGAUCCCUGGAAUGACAAGUGCUGUAACUACAACGCAGGUCUCUGCUGCUCAGGUAUCUGCGAUGUCUUCAGCAGCAGCCCAGCUGGUCACAGUUUCUCAACAAGCUGUGCAGACAGUAAAAGCUGCUGUUUCUUCCUUACCUGCUGGAGUUCGUCUUGUUGUUCCAGCUCAAAGCACCACUAAUGCUGUUCCCUCUGUAGUAAGUGUGAACACCCCAGCCACAACAAUGCUGAAGACAGCAGCUGCACAAGUGGCAACAUCAACUGGCUCUCUAGGCCCAGCUUCGACCCGACCUAUUAUCACCGUGCAUAAAUCGGGUGCAUUGACCGUGGCUCAGCAGACUCAAGUUGUUACCACUGUCGUGGGUGGUGUCACGAAAACAUUCACACUUGUCAAAAGCCCAAUUCAAGUUGGCGGUGGAGGCUCCUUGAUCUCCAAUCUAGGGAAAAUGAUGACUCUUGUUCAGACAGCUCCUGUACAAACUGGUGCUCCAAUCACAGUCCAGGCCACUGCUGGGUCUUUGGCACAGUUCAUCCAGGCAAAGGGUCCUUUUCCUCCAGGGACUAUAGUGAGGCUUGUAACAGCAGCAGAUGGUAAGCCAGCAACAAUAAUCACAACGUCACAAGCUGGUGGAAUAGGUACGAAGCAAACGAUCCUGGGUCUUAGCAGUGUCUCACCAGCCAGCAGUAAACCUGGAGCAACCACCAUCAUAAAAACCAUCCCUGUUUCAGCACUGAUGGCUCAACCCAAUGUUACAGGUGUAUCUGCAUCCCCUGGUAUAAAAUCUCCAAUAACAAUCAUUACAACAAAAGUAGUCACAUCAGGAGCUGGAGCUCCGGCAAAGAUCAUUACAGCUGUGCCAAAAUUUACUACAGGACAGCCUGGGGUCACACAGGUGGUUCUGAAGACUCCUGGAACACCUGGUACCAUCCUGCGAACAGUUGGUGGGACUCCUGUCACAGUUAGUGGAGUCAGAUUAGUUACUCCAGUCACCGUAUCUUCAAGCAAGCCAACAGUCUCAACUUUGCUAGUAAAAGGAACGACAGGUGUUACUACAUUAGGGACUGUGACGGCUGCAGCAACUACAAUUCAUGCUGGAGUAACUGGUCUCGCAUCAUCAAACUUCACUACCCCUGUCACGGCUCUGGCUAGAAUAACAACGCUGGCAACUCAAGCAAUUAGCACAACUGUUGAUCCUUUGGCUGUAGCACCAACAACAUUGCAAGUUACACCAGGAAUCGUCUCAACUUCUUCUGUAGUUAGCACCGAGCCUGUUUUUGUGAUAUCAGGAGAAGCAGUGCCCUCUCGUGUAACUGGCUUGGUUGCACAUGCUAGUGAAACUCAGGUGCCAGUGGCUGCAGAACAAGCCACAACUGCAGUAACUGUUUCAGAUAAUAGUGUACAAACUUCAGAUCAACAAAUACAACAAGCAGCAGACGAGCCAGCUCAUGAAACUACAGAAACAAAUACUACAAACACAGCUACCUCCAGUACUGCAAAUAUGUCUCUUAAUCAAAUUCAGCCACCAGAUGCAAGUAACAAUGGGAUGCCAGAAAGUGUGCAUGGAGAAACAGCAACUGCAGGAACAACCAAUACAGCAACCACUGUUUCAGCAGCGUGCACUGGGGCAGUGACCACUGUGACACAGUCUACACCAACUCCAGGCCCUUCGUUGCAGGCUGCUUCAACGGCAUCAGAUGUGACUUCAAGCAGCAGUGCGUCUUUGUCAGAUCUGAGCACAUCGCAGUUGGCACCUGCCACUGAGACUCUUCAAAACCCAGGAAGCUCUGAGCUUCAGUCGUCUUCCGAACAGACAUUAAAGAACUUUGCUCAAGCAGUAAUGCCACAGUUGGCUGAAAAUCAGCAACCUGAUCAGUCAGAGGCCUUCCAGGACCCUCAAGAGAAAAUGGAAAGUGGUAAAGCACAGGAGCAGUUGAGUCAAAACUCAGAGCAGCAACACCAGCACCCUGUCACUGCCUCUGAACCCUUUGUUAUUGAAGCAAAACCAGCAGACAGUAUCCAACACAAAGCAACUGGUGGAGAUGUUCCAAUAUCCUCAUUGCCAAAAGCCACAGAAUGCAGUGCAGUAAAGCCUCCCUUGGAAGAUCUUGCUUCAGAACCAGGUGUGCCUAAUGUAGAUCCUUCUCAGCAUUUGCAACAUUGCCAGAACCUUAUCACUCAGACUCCAGAGCAGCCAGCACAACAAAAGGAUCCACUGCAACCUCCAGUGCCACUCAGCACAGUGAGUGCUCCUCCUCAAACAGCAAUGCUGAGUCCUAAUGAUACAAACGUACAGAGUAGUCAGCAAGGCCAGGUCACAGAGGAUGCCCACCAACCUGCCACUUCAAGUCCUGCCGCUUCUCUUCCAUCAUCCUCUUCCACAGCAGCUGUGUCACCAAAUGAAGUCUCUACUAGUAAUCCGCUAGCAAAUGGGAAACAAGAAAAUUCUUGCACACAAUUAAAGGUAACGCCAAAGAAAGAAGGCAAUCCAUGGUAUGAUGUUGGAAUCAUCAAAGGAACCAACUCUCUGGUAACUCACUAUCACUUGCCACCAGAGGGCAGCCACGGAGAGGAUGCAAGUGCUAAUAUUCCAGACUAUAGCAUGCUCAAAAAGCAAGAACUCCUGCCAGGAACUGCAUACAAGUUCAGAGUUGCUGGAAUCAAUGCAUGUGGAAGGGGCUCAUUCAGUGAGAUAUGUGCAUUCAAAACCUGUCUCCCUGGAUUCCCUGGAGCUCCAUCUGCUAUAAAAAUUACCAAGAGUGUAGAUGGUGCUCAUCUUACCUGGGAACCACCUGCAACAACUGCUGGCAAAAUUCUGGAGUACUCUGUUUAUUUAGCAGUGCGCAGCAUUCAGGUGACAGAAACAAAGUCUGGAAGCCCAGCGCAGUUGGCCUUUAUGCGGGUAUACUGUGGUGCGAAGCCAUCUUGUGUGGUGUCCUCAUCACACCUUGCAAAUGCACAUAUUGAUUGUACAACGAAGCCUGCCAUAAUUUUUAGGAUUGCAGCGCGGAAUGAGAAGGGAUAUGGACCGGCUACGCAAGUUAGAUGGCUUCAAGACACAGGUGUUCAAGGAAGCAAAGGCACUGUAAAACGGCCGACAACAUCACCAGAUAGCACUAAAAGCGGCGGUGCCAAGAAGUCAAAGUCUGAAUGAUGAAUAGAAGAAGUUUUCUAUUUGCUUAAUGAAAGAAGUAAAGUACCGUUGGAUAGUAUUUGUAUUUAUUUUGUAAAUGUUUUGUAAUAUGUUUCUGUUAUACUCUUAAUCCCUAUAACUUGUGAGCUUCUUA